UGGGCACCAUGUGCCCCCCAAGACACUGGUCAAUCAACCAGCGGCAGGCACUGCAGGGCAGGAAGGGGGGCAGUGAGCUGUACCCACAGCCCAAACAGCCUCCACAGAAAGCUGUUUACUGGGCAUCACCUUGUGUUGGCAAGCACUCUUGGAGCAGCCCUACCAACACGGGAUCUUGUGCUUGUUUAACCCACCUAAAGCUCUGUGUGUGUACUGCCUGAGGAGCUCUCUCUCAGGCUCCCCAGUGUGCAGCUCCAAAAGUGCAAACAUUAAGCCUCUCUUCCCAUACCAAAAGUGCUAGGACAGAAAGCUGUUGCUUAGUGUCACCUACACAUGGUGAACACUCGAACAGCCACAUCAACAUGGGGUCUGCGUUUGUUCAGCCACCUAAUGCUCCUUCUGCAUAAUGCCAGUCUGGGGACCUCUCUAAGGCUCUCCAUAUCCCAGCUCCAAAAGUGACUGCAUCCAGCCACUGUUCCUUCACCAAAGGUGUCAGAACAGAAAGCUGGUGCUGGGCAUCAGCUGCAUGUGGCGAACACCAGAACAGCCCCACCAACAUGGAUUUCUGCGCAUAGGAUCCUGGGGACACUGAGCACCAUCAGGAAGUGGCAAUGCUGCAGGGAAAAGGGAUAAGGCGAGGAAUAAGCUCCCCGUGGAGGAGCUGAUCCCACCGCCAUGGCUCAGCUGUGGGGGUGCUAUGGCGAGGGCCAUAACGUCUGGCGCGCAGGGAAGGAGAAGGAGCCGCUGGAGCAGCUUUACCGCGUGGGACCGCUGCUGGGGAGCGGCGGCUUCGGGUCCGUGUACUCGGGGGUCCGCCUGUCCGACAGCGCCCCGGUGGCGAUCAAACAUGUGGCUCGGGACCGCAUCUCCUCGUGGGGCGAGCUGCCCAACGGCACUCGAGUACCAAUGGAGAUAGCCAUGCUGAAGAAGGUGGGCUCUGGCUGCAGUGCCAUCAUCCACCUCCUGGACUGGUUUGAGCUGCCCAACAGCUUCGUGCUGGUGCUGGAGCGUCCGGAGCCAUCGCAGGAUCUGUUUGACUUCAUCACGGAGCGGAGGUUCCUGCCUGAGGACCUGGCGCGGGGGCUGUUCCUCCAGGUGCUGGAGGCUGUGCGACACUGCCACAGCUGCGGUGUCGUGCACCGAGACAUCAAGGACGAGAACAUCAUCAUCAACCUGUCCACCGGAGAGCUCAAGCUCAUCGACUUCGGCUCCAGCACCUUCCUCAAGGACACGGCCUACACCGAAUUUGACGAGUGCCAGCACCUCAUCCGGUGGUGUUUAUCCCUGCACGCUUCCGACAGACCAUCCCUGGAAGACAUUUUCAACCACACGUGGCUGCAAGCCCUUCACCUGCCCCAGGAGACAGCCGACAUCCACCUGCACAGCCUCAUCCAGGAGCCUGGCAAGUGACAGCUCCAGGCGGCUCCUGGCCAGAAGCAGCGGAGAAUCCCAGACUUGUCCUGCUGAGCACAGAACUGAGCAAGGAUCCUCAGAUGCACCUCGCACAGCUUGUCCUGGACCGCGUCUUCCAAGCACCAGUGGCCGCCAUCCGGCCCCGCUGCCCUGGACUUUGUGUUGUUCUGUUCAGUUUGCUUUGUUUUGGUUUGUUCUGGUU